UGUAGGGCUUUUGGGACAAACAACUUCACCGGUUUUCUCCCGUCCGAGCUUGGGAAUUUAGUGAAAUUACAAGAGCUCUACAUUGAUAGUUCUGGAGUUGUUGGUGAGAUUCCUUCAACAUUUGCUAAUUUAAAAAGCCUCCAGACAGUGUGGGCAUCAGACACUAGGCUAGCAGGCAGGAUACCUGACUUCAUAGGGAAUUGGUCAAAGCUUACUACCUUGAGGCUUGAAGGAAACUCUUUUGAAGGUCCAAUACCCUCAACAUUUUCCAGUUUGACAUCUCUGCAAGACUUGAGAAUAAGUGACUUGUCUAAUGGGAGCUCUUCACUGGCAUUUAUAAAUAAUAUGAAAUCUCUAAGUAUCUUGAUGUUGAGGAAUAAUAAUAUUUCUGAUUCAAUUCCAUCCAAUAUAGGGGAAUACCUAAAGUUGACACAGCUGGAUUUGAGCUUCAACAACAUAACAGGACAGAUUCCAGUCUCGCUUUUCAAUUUGAGUUCGCUCUCUCACCUGUUUCUUGGAAAUAACAAGUUAAGCUACAUUGUGCCUGCGCAAAAAAGCACGUCUCUUCUCAAUGUUGAUUUGUCUUACAAUAAUUUAGAGGGAAGCUUUCCUUCUUGGGUCAGCGACAAAAAUUUGCAACUUAAUUUAGUUGCCAACAAUUUCACAAUAAGUUCAAACAGCAGUGUUUUGCCUUCAGAAUUGAACUGUCUUCAACGGGGUUUUCCUUGCAAUCAAGGCACUGGAAGAUAUUAUAACUUUUCAAUAAAGUGUGGUGGUCCUCAGAUUACCUCUUCUAGAGGGAUUGUGUAUGAGAGGGAUAAUGAGACACUUGGUCCAGCUACAUAUUAUGUGAUUAACACAGACAGGUGGGCAGUUAGCAAUGUUGGAUAUUUUAGUGGGACCAAUAGUCCUACGUAUACAAGUUCUUCGUCAUCUCAGUUCAAGAAUACUUUAGACCCAGAGCUGUUCCAAACAGCUCGAAUAUCUGCUUCAUCAUUAAGAUACUAUGGCCUAGGGCUUGAGAAUGGAAACUACACUGUGAACCUCCUGUUUGCCGAAACAGCUUUUGAAGACAGAAUCACUUGGAAAAGUCUUGGGAGGCGUGUCUUUGAUAUUUAUAUCCAGGGAAAACUUUUUGAAAAGGAUUUUGACAUACAAAAGGAAGCCGGUGGUGCCUCUUUCGUAGCUGUUUCGAAGGUAUAUAAGGUUCAGGUAUCAGAAAACUACCUUGAAAUCCAUCUCUUUUGGGCUGGAAAAGGGACUUGCUGUGUACCUGCUCAAGGUACUUAUGGAACUUCAAUUUCAGCCAUCAGUGCUACCCCAGAUUUCACACCCACUGUUAGUAACAACCCUCCAAGCAACAGCAAGAAUAGGACCAGUCUGAUUGUGGGUCUCGUUGGUGUUGGAGUUUUGAGCUUUUUGUCUGUUUUCAUGGUUUUAUAUGUUAUUCGAAGAAGAAAACCCCCAAUCAAUGAUGAUGAAGAGCUCCUUGGGAUAGAUGCUAAAACAUUCACUUUCAGCUAUGCUGAACUAAAGACAGCUACAGAAGAUUUUAGUCCUGAUAAUAAGCUUGGAGAGGGAGGCUUUGGACCUGUUUAUAAGGGAACACUUAAUGAUGGGAGAGUAAUUGCUGUGAAGCAACUCUCGGUUACAUCACACCAAGGAAAGAACCAAUUCAUAACUGAGAUUGCUACUAUAUCGGCUGUGCAACACCGUAACCUUGUGAAGUUGUAUGGAUGUUGCAUUGAGGGAGAUAAACGACUCCUUGUGUAUGAGUAUCUAGAGAAUAAAAGUCUUGAUCAAGCAUUAUUUGGAAAAAGACCUUUGAAUCUCAAUUGGUCAACACGCUUUGAUAUAUGCUUGGGUGUAGCAAAAGGUUUAGCUUAUCUUCAUGAGGAGUCACGGCUUCAAAUUGUACACAGAGAUGUGAAGGCUAGUAAUAUCCUACUUGACGCUGAUCUCAUCCCCAAGAUAUCAGACUUCGGCUUGGCCAAGCUUUAUGAUGAUAAAAAGACUCACAUAAGCACCCGUGUUGCAGGGACCAUUGGGUAUCUUGCACCGGAGUACGCCAUGCGUGGGCACCUUACAGAGAAGGCUGAUGUGUUUGCCUUUGGUGUUGUAGCUCUAGAGCUUGUUAGUGGGAGGCCAAAUUCUGACUCAAGCUUAGAAGAAGAAAAAAUAUAUCUUCUUGAAUGGGGUUGGCAGUUGCAUGAAAACAACCGUGAAGUUGAUCUUGCAGACUCUAAAUUAUCAGAAUUCAAUGAGAAAGAAGUAAAAAGACUGAUAGGAAUAUCUCUUUUGUGCACUCAAGCAUCCCCAACAUUGCGACCAUCAAUGUCACAUGUGGUGGCAAUGCUCUCAGGAGAUAUUGAAGUGAACACUGUAACUUCAAGACCAGGAUAUUUGACAGAUUGGAAAUAUGAUGAUAUAACCAACGUAACCAGUGAGGGUGCAACUGAUACUAGCUAUUUCAACUCAUCAUCAGCCAAUAAAAGCAUUAUGGGUGAUGUAGGGAAUUCACAAGCAAAUGCUUCUAAACCUGUGCUUGGUGAUACUAUCAAAUAGGGUUGAUGAGAAUUCGUCAUUUUUUUUCUUCAAAUUUUUUCUUGUGUGUAAAUUAAAAAGAUUUUUGUGUAUUUAUAUAAUCAUGGAUGUAAUUGUUUAGCAUGGAUUUUGCAAUCUUCCUUUGGUGAGUUUGACACCGUAAUUCCUUAAGUGUCUUGUGACAAAAACACUAUCAAAUGUGACGCACUAUUCAAGAAGUUAUAGAAAUGUUUCACAUGGAGAUUUA